UCCCAUUCCUGUUCUUCUGAAGUUAAUUAGAGCUGACUGACCAAAGUGUAACAUUUUUAUACUGAUCUUUUCAUGGUUCAACUCCCUUAUCAUAAAACAGUGAUUCAAAUUUGUCAAGAGAGAACUUGACGGAAAUCAGUUUUCAUUCUUGCGCUUCUUUUUUGUUUUCCAGUCUUAGGGCAAAGAAGGACUUCAAAAAGAUACCCCCUUGGGAUGAGAGUUGAGGGACAGUUGAUGGAAACUAGUUACUGUUCACACAACUCUCCCGUUUGCAAAAUAAUCACUUAUUUUGAUUCACUGGUUUGUCAUUUUAUCCCCCUGCCCACUUUCUCCCCAAUCUCAUUGCAUUUCCUCCCCAAUGUAGCCUCCACUCCAGCUGCUAAGACCUUCUCCACAGACAGCGAAAGGAGUGUUGACAGCAGCAUCAGUAAAGGAAUGAACGACACGCUGGACGAGGUGGAAGAAGAAAGCGACAGCGAUGACGAUGAGGAGAAUAUGAGUAAAGAGGAGGCACAGCGCCAUCAGAUGGAGAAACGGGAGAAGGGUACAGCAGGGCAGGAAGCUGAAGCCGGCCGUGAGAUGUCCGCUCUCGUCAACUACAUUCAGCCUGUCCACUUCCACACAUUCGAGGCAUCAGAAAGUAAGAUAGAGGAAUCGGAGUUUGUUGAGACGUCAGCGAUGAAUAGAGUCAAGGAAAAUCCCAUCCAGUUCACAAACUACAACAAACGACAACUUUCCCGUAUCUAUCCAAGAGGAGCAAGGGUCGACUCUGGCAACUAUAUGCCACAGAUCUUCUGGAAUGUCGGAUGUCAGAUGGUUGCGUUAAACUACCAGACCCUUGAUCUUCCAAUGCAGCUGAAUAUGGGUUAUUUUGAGAUAAACGGUCGCACUGGGUACAUUCUUAAGCCAGAGUUCAUGAGACGUAAAGAUCGCCUCUUUGAUCCGUUUGCCGAGUCUACAAUGGAUGGUGUAGUGGCAGCCACGGUAGAAGUCAGAGUCAUAAGUGGUCAAUUCUUAAGUGAUAGAAGGGUCAACACAUACGUAGAAGUGGACAUGUUUGGCCUCCCUGCUGACACGGUGCGGAGGCGCUACAAGACCAAGUCAUCCAGUUCUAACUCCAUCAAUCCCGUCUUCGAUGGUGAUCACUUUGUCUUCAGAAAGGUUAUUAUGCCCGAGUUGGCCAUGCUUCGUAUUGCAGUGUUUGAAGACAAUGGAAAGAUGGUUGGACACAGAAUACUACCUGUGGAAUCACUCAGACCAGGGUACCGCCACAUCUUCCUGUGCAACGAGUCCAACCAGCCCCUGAUGCUCCCUACACUCUUCCUCAACAUUAGGGUAAAAGACUACGUUCCGGAAGGGAUGAUCAACUUUGCCGAUGCUCUGGCCAAUCCCAUCGCCCAUCAGAGCAAGGUGGAGAAGAGAGCCGCUCAGCUCAAGGCUCUGGAGGAAGAGGAGGUUAAGGUCAAAGAACAAGAGAAGCCACAGGACCAAGAGAAUGGGGAGGAAGAGGAGACUCCGGAGGUUGCCGAGGGCGUUGUAGAGCGUAAACCCUCGGACGCUCCUGCCUCAACCACCCCAGCCGCCCCUAGCACAACCACCGGGGCCUACCGUAAGAACACCAUCACUGAACAGAAUGGCGUGAAAUCCAGCUCUAAACUUCAGAAUAGCAUGGCUGUACUUACUCCUGCCUCCUCGCUGGGCGACAGCAUGGCCAUGCCCAGAUCCAGAUCUCUGGGCACUGCCCAGUUUCAGAUGGAAUCCAUGAGCUCCCCUCUCAAUCAGAACAGUCGCAGCAUUAGUGCACCCAAUUUGGGUCAAUCAGAGGAGAUACAAGCUGCUACCCUAGAUGAUAUUAAACAACACAAGAAAUACAAGAAAGUCGUUCAGCGUCUGAACAAUGAGCUGGAAAAAUUGAUCAAGAAGGAGGAGAAGAAACAGAGCAAACUCAAGAGAUCCCACGUGAAGGAAAUCAGCAAACUACGUAAAUCCCACCAAAAGGCUUAUAAGUCACUCGCUAAGAAGCAGACUGAUCAGAUCAAGAAAGCAGCCAAGAAAGGCCUUAACCUAGAAGAAUUAAGACAGCAAUUCAAUGAAGUCUUGGAUGGUUUCACACGAGAUAAAGAAAAUGAGAUCGUGAAGAAGGAAGCUGCCCAAGAGAAUGCAUUGAUUGAGCUCUACAGGAAACAUUACACCAAUGAGAAAGACUUGAAAAAAGAGCACGCUGAGAUUCUGUAUGAACUACAGAUGGAGUUAAUGGUCGCCGUUCACGAGAAGCAACUGACCAAGCUGGAUGGACAACACAAGAAGGAAGAGGUUGAAUUAAGAAAGAGGCUUGAUGAAAAGAAUGUAGAGGACUUGAAGCAGAUGAGUAAAAGACGAGGAGAUAAACAGGAACUCCACAGGUUACGGAGAGAAGCUCAACAGAAAUACAUUCAGCAAGCAGUAGCAUCUAGACAAACAUUGCAUGAGAUUCAAGAGAAGAAAAGAGAGGAGCUGGAGAAUCAAAUGAAGGAUCUACAGGAAGAGCUGGCAGCGGAGGAAGACUCUCACGUAGCGGCGCUGGAGUCGGAGUAUGAUUCAAAGUGUAAGCAGCUCAUGAGGGAUCUAAAGGCCAAUCAAUCCUCAUCCGAAACACCUGUCAUCAUUGCCCAUAGUAACGGUACCCCAGCCCAUCAGGAGAGCCCAGAGUCUGCCAACCAGAACACCAAUGGUAACCUUGAGAUUCAGGUAGUCAUCGAGCAAAAUCCCAAGGAGAGGUCAGAAGAGACCGGCGAGGUCAACCACCGAAGUCCAGUUGCUCAGACAUCAUCAUCAUCAUCAUCACAGGGAACCAGUAAUGAACCUGGUAAUGGUUCACCAAAGUCAGCCGGUUCACAGCCUCCGUCACCGACACGAUCAACGGAGGAAUCGCCAAGAAAAGACGCUGUCGUCCCAUCACCUGAGGGUUCACCACAGAAAUCCCAAGUUACGAGCUCUCCGCAGCAUUCCCCGGUCAUCACACCAGAAGCAUCUCAAACGAGAAGGUACCCAAAGAAGGCUCCGAUCCAGACGCCCACUAUGAAGGUAGCUGGUUAUGUGACGGAGGCAUCAAGUAAUGACAGUGGGUCACCAGUGAAGAGUCAUCAUUCACCCGAAAACUCACUUGACUCAGUUCAUGUCAAUGGCACAUCCAGCCCAGGAAGAACUACAUCCCCCACCACUAUCAUCAGUGAUUCUCCAUUCAAGAGUCAGGACUCCAAACGACCCAGCGAAAUUGACAAUGAGGCAGGGUUCAUCACCAGGUUAUGAGGUGAAGCACGUCGAAGGUCGCAGGGAAUCACCGAGAUGUGUUUUUGUUAAUAGUCGGGUUGUAACAUACACUGUGAUUGUAUUCAGUUUUUAAAAACACGUGCAGAUAUUUUACACUGGUGCUUAAUGUUUGGCAAAUUGUGCACGCUCCACAUGAAUCAAACAACAUUUUUUAAUUAGAUUUUAUUGUCAUUUUUAUCUGUGAGUUCUAUUAAUGUAACUCCAACAAUGGCGAAACACAUGUACCAGUUGCUUUUAAAAUGUUUUAAACCACCUCAGAUGUAUAAUUAUUUAAUUUUUUUUUUUUGAAUGUUUUUUUUUUAUCUUUAAACUCUCUAAAUUAAUGCAGUUCUAACCCCCUAAAUGAAUUAACAAUUUUUCAAAUAUCAAAGAAUUAAUACCAGCUGUUUAUGUUUUGGCUCUCCUCUCUUUUUGGCCAAAUAUCUGUAAACGAUCCAGCUGUCCGUAGAGAAAUUUGUCAGCGAAAGAAAAUUGGAUACGCAAUUAGCCAUGUCCAGAUGUUUCCAUUAUUAAUGUCCGGAUAACUGGGUAAGGUUCCUAUCUCCAAACCAUGAUCAAACACCAUUCAGAUCAAUUCAAAGUUACUUCCAUAGAUCAAAUUGACAGCUUUCUAGUUUUUAAGAUAUCAAGCAUUGACAUUUAUGAACCAUGUUAUUGGUGAGAUGCCCUUUUUUCCAUCCGACCUGUCUGCCCACUGAUUUUGUUUCCUUGGAUAGGUUUAUGUACCAUUCAUGCACAUCACUUAAGUCUGAGUCUCACUGAAGCGAUAACAAAAACGAUAACGAUCACGACGCAAAAGAGAACGCUUUCUAUUGGUUGAAUUGCAGAAUACGCACACGCUCAUUCAACCAAUGGAAUGCAUUCUCUUUGCGUUGCUAUCGUUGUCGUUCUCGUUAUCAGUCUCGUUAUCGCUGCAGUGGGACCGGGCCUUUACUUGUUACAGUGUUAAGAUUUGUACCACUGUUUUCUUAAUGUGAACACAAACUAUCUGAUACUGUGCACCGUGUUGGAAAACAGAAAAACUUUGGUUUUCUUGUUUUGCUUGUUUGCAUUCCAUUGCCUAAUUGAUCAAGUGAUUGUAUUUUAGCGUCUAUAUUAUAUCCUGAAUAACGUUCAGAAUGCAGUUAGGAAUAGCCUUACAGCAUUACUACUGGAAGUUACGUUUCAGUGUCUCAGUUUACGAACAAACAUCUGGGUUUCUUCAAAUUGUUUGUCUUAAAUCACUUCAAAGCAGCUCAGAAUUAACGAAUUUAAACAUUCUUGCUUUUUUCAUUUGCAUUUAGGGGAACGGACUUGCACAAAAAAAUUAAGAAAUAUUUAAUAGGUGUGUAUAUAUUGUUUGAAACUAAAAAUUUGUACAUAUUUAUGUAAAAAAAAUACUAAAAGUGUAUAUUCAGUACUUUUAAGAAAAUAAUGUUGGCAAAGUAUAUUGGGACGGGGAUUACAGGUAGUGGGAAUCAGGAAAUUCUUCUUCCAUCUUAGCUUAAGGACUGUAAUUGUUUCUUUUUGUCAUCCUCAUUACCCUAACAGUUAAACAUAGUUGGAGAAUACCUUGAUGUUCUUUUCAACAACAAACAUAGACCCCCUUUUCAGUGUACUCAGUACUUCAGUAGGUCUGUUAGGGUAAAGAAAUCACCAAAAGUGGCUGAGCAUUUGUCAUAAAAGAGUGGCCUUGUAUAUUUGCACUUGUUUGUUAACAAAGACACAGAGUUGUGUACAAGUGACUUUGUUUCUGUUUUUGUUUGAACCAUUUUGAGGUGAGUCAGUGGCAAAAUCAUUUGGCCCCGUCAGUGGAAAAAGUUCAAUACAGUGACAUACAAUUUCUCUACAUCUUGGAUCUUCUUUUUGUGAGAUACAGCAUUCUUCUCAUAUUCGAAUAUCCUCUCAGGUGCAAGAAAAAGAUGUGUAGUGUUGUUUUAAAAUGUGCACAUACAAAACUCACCAAAGGACAACUGUUGUAUAACUCAUAACCAUAUGGUUUUUCAAUGUAAAGGAAAACAAAAACGGAACUCUUUAUUUUCAAAAGUUCAAAACAUGAACCAGGACACAUUGUAAGAGCAAAGUCAUGUUAAUGAUUUUCAGACCGUAGUUUGGUUUCUUUUCUAAGUGCAAUAAAUGGUGGUACAGAAUAUUAGCAAAGGCUUGAUUUGGGAGCUUGGUUAUGGUGAGAGAAGAGAAUUACUGUGUUUUAUUAAAGUUGGUUUUGCUGCAUGAGGUUGAAAUAUAUAGUAUGAUGUACUGGUCUUAAAGUAAAUGGCUAAAUUGCGGGCAAAUAUAUACAACUUAUGGAAAGUUUUAUGAUUUUAAAUUAAAUUUCCUUGACAUUGCAAUGGUUAGAAUUCACAGCUUUGAUUGGUACAUAUUCAAAGUGAGUGUGUUUUAAAGAAAUAUUACCCUAAAAUUAUACGCUCAGAGGUUCUUCUGUUAUUGACUUCUUCCUUUAUUGACUUCUUCCUUUAAGAAGCCAGGUCCUCUGCCUCAAACCAUUCGUAAUCUUUCUUUAUUUCUUUUUUGCUCACAGUUAACACAUAAAAGGAAAGUAUUGUAUAUGUUUUUCUAACUGGCUGAAUAAAUAACCAUUAACAACAGGGCAAUUAUGUGGAAGAACGUUUGGACUCGCUCAAUGAGUAAAAGCAAAAACCAACACCUACUGUGAGCUCUGAUGUGAUAGGAAUGACUCAUGAAUGGUUGACUUAGUUGCACAGCUCUGAAUCUAUCAAAAUCUAGCAACUUUCCUGCUUUGGGAUAUUGAUUGAUACGAUGAAGUAAGGAGGGUAGUGCUGCUGUACAUUGUUUUAAAAUGGAACAUACUGAGAUAAACACAACCUUUGCCCUGACUUUAAUGCUAUUAUGAAAAUAGUAAUCUACCUUGUUUUUAUAAACAAAAGUAUUUUUACAAAAAAAAAUAAGUGACAUUGUGAGAAGACAGUAAAAUCAACUAUCCAAUCCUGUUUAGUCCGGUGCUUACAUUUUUUAUGAGUUAGCAACAUGGACUUGUAAUGCCUUUAUCAAUUAUGUGACGGGAUGCCAUACACAAAGCAAACCCUUUCCAAUCAGGGCAUGAAUAAAUAUAUAUUUUUGAUAUGAUAUUAUAUAGGGGAUAUAGGGAUUGUAUAGUAGCCGAAACUUAUAACAUGGAACAAAAGUAUCUUACUGUUUUUAAUAUUUUAUUUUAAGAUGUGCACUGCCUGUGAUAGUAUUAACAAACCAUACUUGUACAUAGCAUUAACAUCAGUGCCCAAUGUCAAAGAGCUACUUUAACAAGCACAGAAAACAUGUUUGCUUACCAGAUGAAGGUUACCAGCCGGAAACCAUGUCAUAUGUGCCAUGUUUGACUGGUAUCCUGCUUAGAUUUGCUCAGCGGACAUAUGUUAAGCAAAAUGUUCUGUUUAAGCAGCUCCAUGAAAUUGGGCUGAAAUGCAUUAUCAGAUAGCAGUAUUUAUGUUUUUUAGAAGGUUAUGUUUUUGCAUUAUUUUCUGAACUUGUUUAUAUAGUUUUUAAAAUUGUUGUUUUUGACUCGUACUUCUUAAACAUUAUGAUUCUAUUCGUGGGGGAGUUUGAUGAAAUGUUAUUGCUGUUUCAUAUUAUAUGUUUCAUAUUAGAGUGUUGAGUUCGAAGCAUUUAGUAUCUUAUUAUUUCAGAUUAUGUUGUAUGCUCUGUUUUAUUGAAAGUACUUCUAAUUGAUCUGUAAAUGAAAAGCCACAAUCCACCCCACCGUUCAUUUAAUUGUAUACAGUUGUAUACUACAAUAUAUUGUAAAAAACCUUAUAAUGGCGUCAAUUUAUUGUACUUUUAAUGGUGAGUUAUGUUUUGAUGAGUAAGGCACUUGCGAAAAACGUUGACCUUAAGGGGUCAAAUAUCACUUGAUUUUACACAUAUCUUGAACUUACUCUUCACAGUUAACCAAGCAACUAUUGCCAAAAAUCCAGAAUUUGCUGCACUUUUGUUGAAGGUUCCAUAUCCGAGUGCCACUUUUUCAUUAUGAAGUAAAACAGUAUAUUAGUUUACUCAAAUGAGAUUUUGCAUUAGUGGCAUCUUGGGUAAGAAGUUGAAAAUGGCAAUUUUCCCGCAUUUUUUUUUAAGUGUCACGGUUUGACCUUUCAUGGUGUGUCAUUUUGUUAUCACAUUUAUCUUUUUAAUACCCCUCUCUUGUUUUCACCCAUUUAUAGUAAGAACUACAAGACGGGCACAGUUAUCUAGUCGUGUCCGUUGAACUCUCAGAUGAGCUAUUUAUAGUGAUUUCUUUUCACUUAUAAAUAGUUCACUAUAAUGCAAAUAACGUUUGUACUGCUUAACAAAUAAAAUAGGACCAACUUUGAGGAAUUUUGAAAAGUCAUGAACAAAACACAUGUGGAUAAUUUUUUACCAAUAUUUACUAGAACGUUCCAUCUUUUCAAAGUUAACUAAGAGAGCACACGUAUUACUUGUUUUCUGCAUGGGUUAAAAUGGUUAAAUAUUUACAGGGGCCUUCAGCAACCCAAUGUGUACAUUACUUGUUAAUCGAUUGUGUGAUGUCAAUGCAUAACCCCUUAAAGUAUCUCCCUCCCAUUUUAAACUGAUUGAGUUUGAUGAAGUGGCUGAUAUUUUCCCCUCAUGUUUAACGUGUCUGACAUAACAACAACUGUGUUUUUAUCCACCCAAAUGUAUAAUUGAUUUUGUUCACAUUUUUAUAGACUGCACCCUGUUGGUUGUGUAUUACGAUAUAAGUAUAAUUUUAGUGAUGAGCACGUAACAAUUGCAAUUUGAAACUGUUUUUAAAUGGCGAAUUUUAAAUGGCGACAUGAAACAGCCGUAUAUCAAGACAUUUGGUAACGUUGAGAUUUCAAAACUGCGUUCACUUCAAUGUGGUCUCUGCACUGCGCAUGUUAUCACUGGUCAUGCACAGUGCUGCUUGUUACAUACAAGCGAAAAGGUUCGUGUUCAUUAGUUUUUUUAACAGCUAAUAGCUUGGUCUCCCUGGUGUACCACACUUUUUAAACCAAUAACCGAUCUUUCAAGGACGUCCUCAAUAUUCCAACCUCCCUUUAUCCCGUAUCAAAACGGCACUGUCAUCCAUUAUCAAAACAAACACAAAUCAGAGAAACGGCACUGUCAUCUAUUACCCCCCCCCCCCCCCAAAAAAAAAAAAAUAAUAAUAAUAAUAAUAAAAAAAUAAAAUAAAAUACUUCGACCUCCAGAGCUAAACACCAGUCUCCAUCCAGAUCAGUCUUAUAUUGAAAUGGGUCAGGUCACCUGGGACCCGUCGAUUUUGCUACCGGGCGUUUUUAGAGUGUAUCCCAAUCGAUUUGCACCCCGUUUCUUUGACAUUCAUUUUCCAUACACUAUUUGUGAUAUCCCUUGUUUGCUUAGCUGAUUUUUCAAAGGGAAAAACAAUAUUAAUUUUUUCCUUGUGUAAAUGUGUUGUAUCUCGUAGACCACGUUCAAAGCAAAAUGACAGUCGUGGACAUGCUUAUCCCCGAUAAAGUGAACGCAAGCAUUUUAAGUGUCGUACGUUAGUUUUUAGGUGUUUCUCUUUUGAAACUGGAUAUUUAAAUUACAAAAGCAAUGAUUUACCGUAACCUAUCCCUUUAUAACAUCAAUUCUGAUAUCAAUGAACACGUCUGCCCAUUUCUCACACCUCCCAAAACAGAAAUCAAACGAUCAAACAAACAUACAAACAAACAAACAAACAAACACACCAACACACCAAACGUGGUUUCCUUGUUCACUGCUGGUUCGUGAAGUCAAUAUUUUCUGACAGUCUAUUGUAUAAAACUACUGUUUACAAUCUUCGUUUACGUUGGUGAUACUCUGUUCCAUUUUGUUCUGUAUUGUGUAUUCCCGUUAAAAAUUGUCUAAACUACUAUAGGUUACUUUUGUUGCUAACACUCUUACAGGCCCAAUUUGUCUUCUUGUUUGGGGGGUUGGGUUGGAAACCCCCCCCCCCCUCUUCCGAAUU